AGUGAGACAUGGGCGUGGCAUAUGGUGAAGCCUGGAAGAACACAAACACAGUGGAGGUUCACAGGGGCAAGAGAAACGCGGAGAAAGUGACAUUUUAAUAAUUUCUUGCGGUGAAUAUGCAUUUUACUUGAUGAAUUUGAUCCUACAUCAGCAUCUGAACCCGAUGAAGUGCAAUUAUGAGCGUGCAUUCACUAAAGAGAUCUUAUAAGGUUUACUUUACACAUGCUUUAUGAAACAACAGCGUUGCAUUAUUUUAUACUGAGGCUGAAAUAGGAAAGUUGAAACAUGGGAUCCAAGUUGACCAGGCAAAGUAGUUUGGACAGCCAAGCGACUGUGUGUCGUAGGGGUCGACAGCAUCAUGAACGGGAUGUGGAGAAGAGGAGUGGAGGAAGAGGAGAGUUUUUAUUCAGUUCUCUGAUGCUCAAGUCCGACAAGCUCCCCGGAAUGCUGCGCAAAUCCAGUCCCAGCCCUUAUGUCCGGAGAGUGGCUUGGGUUCGGGAGAUCCAAACCCUGCUGAAGGAGCAGAAGAUGGAACAAGCCAUCGAUGUGUUGAAACUGCUUAGAAAGGACCUGGGUCUUGAAGGGACAUCUCUCAACGACAUCCUCUACAAGAACGCUGCCUUCCUCAACCUAGUGGAUCCAAUUUCCCAUGAGCUUUUGCUCAGUUUGGCCCGAGACAUGCAGUGUCCAAAGAGGGAGUCUGAUGCUCUUAAGUCCUCUGAGAAGAUCUGCAGGCAGCUGAUCUAUCACCUGACCCCUCACUCCAAGUGGAGCAGACAGAACGUGCCCAGGAGGAAGUCUCAAGCCUGUCUUAAAACUACACUGAAAAAGAAAUUGGCAAAUGAUACCGUGGAUCUGUCUGGUAUCCCUCUCUCUGGCCGUGAUUUACAUCGUGUGGCAUACUACCUUCAGAACAAUGGUUCAUCUGUGACAGCAGUCGACAUCAGCUUCACAGAGCUCCAGGAUGAGAGCUUGCGGCUACUUUUACCAUUCUUAGGAGCGCUACCCAAACUCACCACACUUGCCAUCAACGGUAACCGGCUGACUGUAGCUAUCCUUAAAGACCUGAUAGAGGUGGUUAAGGACCCCAAAACGUUUCCUAGUUUGGCCUGGGUGGAUCUGGGCAACAAUGUGGACAUCUUUACUGUGCCUCAGCCAUUGCUGGUCGCACUACGCAGACGCUUUGGAAUGAGAAGCAGCCUACCUACCAUCUAUGAAUACAGUGAGGGCCAGGGCAGCAGCUACUGCCUAGAGACUUCUACUGAGGAAAUCAGUGUGUUUGAGGAGGAUGAAGAGGAUGAACUAGAAGACCAUCUGGUGCUGGAGCCCUGGAGUGUAGAAGAGAAAAAUACACUGCAUUUCUGUGAGAGGUGAUGGACCCUGGUUCCUUGUGGUUUGGUAUUGUUAUUCUUAUACUCCAAAUCAAGGUCCAGUGUAUCAACAUUGUAAAAGCAUGAAGCGCUCUUUCACCACAAAACCAACUUGAGUGCCAUGAGACAAAGUGGUUAUGUAAAGUUGAUGCAUGGAGGUGGGAUUUUGAAAGGGGGGAGAAGGAUCAGGACAUGUUUCACACUCCCACCAUCUUUAUUCUUAGUCCAGUUGCUGCAGAAAGCACCAGCCAAUCUAUUGUUUGCAAUAUUAAACUGAAAUUUAUAGUCAAACACUGACUGACCACAAAUAUGAUUUGUAGCACAUAAAACCAUUACCACAAGCCAGUCUUUGCCGCCCACAUCAGCAGCUGAUGUGAAACUUUUACAUUUUGCUUGUGACAGAUACAGUCAAAUGCUCCCCUCUGAGAAAGCUUUUGUCCAGGGUAUAUUUGCCUCAAUUAGAAGAGAGCGAGAAGAGGUGAGAGAAGAGAGAAAAAGGGCUGCUGGAGUGCCUGCGGGCUAGAAAAGAGACUGAUGUCUAUGUGUUCGAGUGUGUGUGCGUGUGUGUGUGUGAUGUUGUUCUGUGGAAGCUUAUGAUGCAAAUGUAGCUUUAGCCAGAGCUCAUUAAACAGGACACACAGGCAGCCGAGAGACUAACAAUGCCACAUGACCGACAUGAUUAUUUUUCUUUAAAACUCAUCCAGUUAGCAAUGAGAGGUGAUGUUAUAAGACACAUAAACACCUGGCAGUGUUUCAUCAGCACAAGAACCAUGUUUGAAUGGUCACAGUGGCAUUGAUUUCAGUGUUUUUAUAGAAGAAUUUUGUUUGAUUCAUGUCAAUAUUUUGUAUUUUUUAAACAAAUUUAAAUGUACCAGAGUUCAUUUAUUAAUUAUUAAUGCUGUGUGUGUGCGAACGCAUGAGUGUUUGACAGUAAAUGUGACCUUUUGAGUUGUUUUAUGAUGCCCUUUGCUCCACAGGUGGUGUUUCCUUUACAGACACGUGUCUGAUUUGCACUUUACAUGGCAGGCUUUUCAUUGUAGUUUAAUGUUCAGUUCUAGUAUAAAUGUUGCAAACGGUGUGAUCCUAAUGGCUUUGAGCACCUGGAUGUUCUUUAUCUUUCUGUUUUAUAAUAAACACUAAUGAAUGAUGGUUCUUGCUAUGUGAAAUAAACACUGUUUGUAAACAAAUGGA